CCCCGAAGCUUGCAUGUUUUGAAUUUUUGAAAAAAGAAAAUAGUUUAAUUUUAUUAAAUAUAACGAAGAGAAUGCCAAGAAACAGAACUUCAAGUGAUUCCCGACAACUUUUACAACACAGUGAGAGUAUUGAAAACAACUCAGAUUCACCAGCCACACCAUUACCGAAUUCAGUUUGCCUAAAACAGCUUCUAUUGCAACGGGCCUGGGAGUUUUGGAAUGUAAAACAAAAUGAAAAGGCAGCGAUAUUUUAUCAAACUAUUAGCUUUUGCAUGCAAUCAGCUUUGUAUCAAGAUAACGAAGACAUUUUCAGUUAUAUCGAAAAGCUGAAGCGUGAAGUGAGUUACCAAGGUGGAAUCGAAAAGCCUAUUUUCAAUUAUUCUAACUUUGAUGAUAUCAACAAAUACCUCGAAAGAAACAUCAACUCAAUAUGCCUUAACGAGUUCCCGAAAGAGUGGACCGUCGUGCAGCUCUGUAAAAAUUUCAAUCCUGUUUCAAUUUCAAGCAAAUACGAGGAUAUUGUGAGCUAUAAUACUGGUAUAUCAAUGGCAAUUUUCAAACAUUCUUCCAUCAAAGAUAUGGUGAUGAUUGAGAUUAAGAAACCUUCACGAUGCCCUGAAAAUGUCUUUGAGAAAAUUUACAAGCUCAAUGGCAAGGUAACUGAAACGUUAAACUUCAGAAAAAUGCCACAAGAUACAUCGAAUGAAUGUAAAGAAUCGAGAGAAAAAUAUUGGAAGGCUCAUAAAGACAUCGAUUUUUACGUUCAAGACGUUAUUGUACUUUUAAAGUCUUUCAUUGGGCCUUGGAUUUGUGCACUCACUGGAACAUUUAAGAAUCAAAAAUCAAUAGAGAUUGAAAAUAAGAUAAAAUUUAAAGUUUAUGAGUUCUUGAAGACUCAAAAAUAUAGCGAACAACAGGAAAAGUUAAUACUAAUUAUUGCUAAACGCACUGAUCUCUUGUCACAUGAACAAAUUUUUCUCGCCAUAACUUAUAUUUUACGUGACAAGCCAAAUCUAGGCUAUCAUGACAUCGACCUCAAUAAUCUUUACGAUUUUCUUACUUGGAUUAAGCAAGAAUUUGUGUAUGAUGACGUCUCAUGUCAUCCAUGCAUUCUCAUUGUCGAUGAACUUCUCGAUCAAUUGCCUUUCGAGAUGUUAAACACUCAGCAAGAAUUCACACGCGUGUGUUCAUUUGCAAACCUUAAGAGAUUAUUUGAACGACACAGUGAGAAUAUGGAGAAUGGUUACAUUGUUUGUCCGACAUUAAAUUGUCAAUCAAUCAUAAAUCCCGAUGGAAGUUUGGUGGCGAUGGAAAAUCGAAUGAAAAGUUUCUUCAAUUAUUGGCUACCAAAAUGGAAGUUUACGUUCAAUCAAAAACCUUCAAAAGAAGAAUUCUACGAAAAGUUGUCACAAUCUGAUAUUUUGGUUUAUUGUGGCCAUGGUUCUGGUCUUCAAUUGCUGAGCAUGGACAGUGUUUAUAAUCUUAAGACAAAAGCUGUUGUAUUUCUUUUCGGUUGUGGUUCUGUUGGACUUACGUCUUCGGGUCUUGUCAGUGAGCUGACUGGAGCUCACUCCUAUUAUCACAUUGGGAAUUGUCCAGUUGUUGUUGGAUUUUUGUGGACUGUUACCGAUUUCCAAACGGAUUAUUGCACAACAAAAAUUUUAAGUGGCUGGUUCAAUAACAAACAAGCGAAAGCACAUUGGCAAUGUAUUGAUCAAAAAGUUUGGAAGUCCACAGGGAAUUUAACAUUUACCAAGAAUGGUGACAUCGUUUCUUCAGAGAGUCUUGCAGAAAUCGUUACACGAUUACACAACGAUCCUGAAAUUAAUAUAGCGAUAAAAUCCGCACUUGUUUAUCGAGGCUUACCAGUUAUCGUCAACAAUACUAAGUAGAGUAAAUUAUCAACACUGUGCAUUACUUUACAACUCCAUAUGCUCAAGAUUUUAAGAUUAGUUCUUCCCCUCAACCACAAUGAUUUUAUACCUUCGAAUACGCUUCUUCAGAUGAAUACAUUUUAAAAAUAGUAAAAUAUGUUAAGUUAAUUUAAAUUUGUAAUUUGCUUCCUUUGUUUUUUUUUAAUUAAUGUAAAGAAUCGGAAAUGUGUUCACUGAAAUUUACGUAACAAAAACAAGUUUUAAAAUAUUAAAUUUACCUAAUUAAAGAAGACAA